CAAAACUUGACCUCUUGACUGCCUGGCUGGGGAGUACUUCCGGGUCACGGCAUCGCGUCUUCCUGUCCCGCAAGGACGCGGCAUCUUGAGCAGUUUUCCGUCUUUGGAGGAGUUUUGCAGCGAUUCAACAGGCGACUCGGCCCGGACUGUGUAUCAACUAACUUCCAGAGGUUGAUCCAGCUCUCGUUGACAUGGCAGCAACAGGCAGCACGGAAGGCUUGGGUGACGUCAUGAGAGGAUCAGCGGGGGGUUCAGCCAACACCGUUUCCACCUGGCAAGGAGGAUCAGCAGGGGGUUCUGCCAACACCGUUUCCACCCGGCAAGGAGAAAGCUGUGAGGAGUCUGGAGAGGAAACCGGGAGGCAGGACAAAGGUGUGAAAGUGUUCAGGUGUGAGGAGUGUGCCAAGCAGUUUAGUUGUCUUAGUGCUCUGGAGACACACAUGCGGACUCACACAGGUGAGAAACCCUACAGGUGUGAGGAGUGCGGCAGGCAGUUCAGUCAGCUGGGUCAUCUGAAGAAUCACAUAAAAACUCACACUGGGGAGAAACCUUACAUGUGUGAGGAGUGCAGCAGGCAGUUUAGUGAGCUGUGUAAUCUGAAGAGACACAUGCGGACUCACACUGGUGAGAAACCCUACAGGUGUGAGGAGUGCGGCAGGCAGUUUAGUGAGCUUGGAACUCUAAAGAAACACAUGCGGACUCACACAGGAGAGAAACCCUAUAUGUGUGAGGAGUGCAGCAAGCAGUUCAGUCGGCUGGAUAAUCUGAGGACUCACAUGCGAACUCACACAGGAGAGAAUCCCUACAGGUGUGAGGAGUGCAGCAGGCAGUUCAGUCAGCUGGGUAAUCUGAAGUCACACAUGCGGACUCACACAGGAGAGAAACCCUACAUUUGUGAGGAGUGCGACAGGCAGUUUAGUCAGCUGAGUAAUCUUCAGAGCCACAUGCGGACUCACACAGGAGAAACCCUACAGGAGUGUGAGGAGUGUGGCAAGCAGUUUAGUCAGCUGAGUAUUCUGAAGACUCACAUGCGGACUCACACUGGUGAGAAACCCUACAGGUGUGAGGAGUGUGGCAGGCAGUUCCGUCAUCUAUGUAGCCUGAAGACACACAUGCGGACUCACACAGGGGAGAAACCCUACAUGUGUGAGGAGUGCAGCAGGCAGUUCAAUGAGCUGAGUCAUCUGAAGUCACACAUGCGGACUCACACAGGAGAGAAGCCAUACCGGUGUGAGGAGUGCAGCAGGCAGUUCAGUGAGCUUGGAAGUUGGAAUAGACACAUGCGGACUCAUACUGUGGAGAAACCCUACAAGUGUGAGGAAUGCAGUAGACAGUUCAGUCAGCUGGGUGAUCUGAAGAGACACAUAAGGACUCACACUGGUGAGAAACCCUACAUGUGUGGGGAAUGCAGCAGGCAGUUUAGUGAGCUUGGAAGUCUGAAGAGACACGUGCUGACUCACACAGGGGAGAAACCCUACAGGUGUGAGGAGUGUAGCAGGCAGUUUAGUCAGCUGGGUCAUCUGAAGACUCACAUGCGGACUCACACUGAGGAGAAACCCUACCGGUGUGAGGAGUGUGGCAGUCAGUUCAGUCGGCUAGGUAAUCUGAAGACUCACAUGCGGACUCACACCGGGGAGAAACCCUACAGGUGUGAAGAAUGCAGCAAGCAGUUCAGUGAGCUGAGUAAUCUGAAGACACACAUGCGGACUCACACUGGUGAGAAACCCUACAGGUGUGAGGAAUGCAGCAGGCAGUUCAGUCAGCUGGGUGAUCUGAAGAAGCACAUGCGAACCCACACUGGUGAGAAACCCUACGGGUGUGGGGAGUGUGGCAGGCAGUUCAGUGACCAGAGUAGUCUGAAGAGGCACGAUCAAACCCACAAAGGAGAAACCCUACAGGGGUGUGAAGAGUGUGCCAAGCAGUUUGGUCGUCUUAGUCAUCUGAAGAGGCACAUGCGGACUCACACAGGGGAGAAACCCUACAGGUGUGAGGAGUGUGGCAGGCAGUUUAGUCAGCUGCGUGAACUGAAGACUCACAUGCGGAUUCACACUGGUGAAAAACCCUACAGGUGCGAGGAGUGUGGCAGACAGUUCAGUCAGCUGGGUAAUCUGAAGCGACACAUGCGAACUCACACAGGAGAGAAAUCCUACAGGUGUGAGGAGUGCAGCAGGCAGUUCAGUGAGCUGAGUAAUCUAAAAACACACAUACAGACUCACACGGGGGAGAAACCCUACAAUUGUGAGGAGUGCAGCAGGCAAUUUCGUCAUCUAAAUAGCCUGAAGACACACAUGCGGACUCACACAGGAGAGAAACCCUACAGGUGUGACGAGUGCAGCAGGCAGUUCAGUCAGCUGGGUAAUCUGAAGUCACACAUGCGGACUCACACAGGGGAGAAGCCAUACAGGUGUGAGGAGUGUAGCAGGCAGUUUCGUGAGCUUGGAAGUUGGAAUAGACACAUGCGGACUCACACAGGGGAGAAACCCUACAUGUGUGAGGCCUGCGGCAGGCAGUUUAGACAGCUCGGAAAUCUAAAGAAACACAUGCGGACUCACACUGGGGAGAAACCCUACGGGUGUGAGGAAUGCAGCAGGCAGUUCAGUCAGCUGGGUGAUCUAAAGAGUCACAUGCGGACUCACACAGGAGAAACCCCCUAUAGGUGUGAGGAGUGCAGCAGGCAGUUUAGUCGGCUGGGCAAUCUGAAGACACACAUGCGGACUCACACUGGAGAGAAACCCUACAGGUGUGAGGAGUGUGGCAGGCAGUUUAGUGAGCUGGGUAAUCUGAAGAAACACAUGUGGACUCACAGUAGUGAGAAACCCUACACGUGUGAGGAGUGCAGCAGGCAGUUUAGUCAGCAGGGUAAUCUGAAGACACACAUGCGAACUCACACAGGGGAAAAACCUUAUAGGUGUGAGGAGUGCAGCAGGCAGUUCAGUGAACUGAGUGAUCUGAAAAAGCACAUCCGAACUCACACUGGUGAGAAACCCUAUAGGUGUGAGGAGUGCGGCAGGCAGUUCAGUGAGCUUGGUAAUCUGAAGAAACACACGCGGACUCACACUGGGGAGAAACCUUACAAGUGUGAGGAGUGCAGCAGGCAGUUUAGUGAGCUCGGAAGUCUGAAGACACACAUGCGGACUCACACUAGUGAGAAACCCUACAGGUGUGGGGAGUGUGGCAGGCAGUUCAGUCAGCUAGGUCAUCUAAAGACUCACAUGCGGACUCACACUGGGGAGAAACCCUUUAUGUGUGGGAAAUGCAGCAGGCAGUUCAGUCAGCUGAAUAGUCUCAAGACACACAUGCGGACUCACACAGGGGAGAAACCCUACAGGUGUGAGGAGUGUGGCAAGCAGUUCAAUCAGCUGGGUGAUCUGAAGAAACACAUACGGACUCACACUGGGGAGAAACCCUACAGGUGUGGGGAGUGUGGCAGGCAGUUCAGUCAGCUGGGUAGUCUGAGGACUCACAUGAAGACUCACACAGGAGAGAAACCCUACAGGUGUGAGGAGUGUGGCAAGCAGUUCAGUCGGCUGGGUAGUCUUAAGAGGCACAAGCAAACCCACGGAGGAGAAACCGAACAGGAGUGAAGACUGUGGGAUGCAGUUUAGCACCACAAGUUAUGUUAUAAGACUGCUUGAUGAACAAUCUGAAAACUAUUUUAAGAUGUGCCAAAGACACUACAUGGAGGUGAAAAAGCC